CUGGUUUGUCGACUGGAGAAGGGGAGAGACCCGCUGAUGGUGCAAAUACCCACUGAGGGGCUGCAGAUCAACGUCGGAUCGCUCCUGGCCGAGUUCGACACCAUCCUGAAGGAACAAAAGGAGAUCAGCAACGUGACUGAACUCAAGGCUUGGUGGGAGGGAAGGACUUCUCUGGAUCAGCGGAUGAAGUCUCUGGUAGAGUCGUUAGAGACUGGGGUACUAGGCUGCUGGAAGGGGCUCCUACUCCCACCCUGCUCCCUCCCUGAGCUCCAGCAGGAGGCGAUCUCCCUCACGCAAGUCCUGCAAGCCAAUGGCAACAAGCUAGUGACCAAGGAACUGAUCGCUGCAGCUCUCUCAGCCUCUCACAGACUCUCCCCGGAGGAGAUUCUCUCGUUGGCUCGAGGCCUGGUGGGGAACCAAGGGCAGGAGGUGGGGGAGAGACUGUCCGACAUCGUGGAGAGGCUGAGCCCCCUGACUGGCGAUCUACAUACUCCCGCACAGAUCAUACUGAUGCUGGACAAG